AUGUCUCGUCGCUACAUGACGCCGCCAGCGACGUUCUCGUACAAUUCUUCAUGGGAGAGUUUCAACAAGCUUUUUACUUCUGUGGCGGACCUCCAGACUCAGAAGAACCAUGCGAGGCACUUGGCACUCACCAAAAACAUCCUCUACGAGAACGAGGCCGGGUGGAAGGUAGCGGAAUUGCCGCUUGUCAGUGAUCUGCUUCAAUUGCUUCGUGACAAAGUCGUGGACGGGGUGCCGCAAUUCGCUGAGCAGCUUGUGCUCGCCAUCACGAGAUGCGGCAGGCCGUUCAUUCGACAGAAAUCGAAUGAGGAGAUCUCGAAUCCAGGUCUUUUUUAUAAUUUGUUACCAACUCUUGGGGAACUUUUGUCGUUUGAGGACAUUGAGGUGCAAGUUGCAGCAGCAGAGGCACUCAGGAUGUUUGCAACCGGGUCGUGUUUGGCUCGUCCUGGGUCAAAAUCGAGGAACAGCAAAACUGACUCGAAGGUGGACGAUUUGAGACUCACACCUCGCAUUUUCAGUCAGAACGUACUAGAAGAGACCGGGACGGUUGAUGCCAUUGUUGCCGUUAUGCACGAUCUGUUCCCUGACGAUGAACGUGAAGAAGAAGAGGAAUCGCAAUCACAAGAUUCUGAACUAAUUGACCAAGAUCCUGACGUCAAUGAAGACCAAAUGAGUACCGAUGUGCAGAUCUCUAGCAAUCAACCGAGCGAAGAAUUGCUCAGCAAUGGGGAAGUGGACGUAGAUGACAUUCCUUUGGAGGAUAACGGGGAAGUAGAAGUGGCAUUGGACGAGAGUAUCGUAGAAGGAGAAGAAACAGCAACGAAGAAUGAAGACAAUGCCGCACGACCGCUAAAGCCACAAUCUGCACCGCCCAUUAGCCACAAAGGCUCUUCUUUUCUCGAGACUAGAGGGGAGGCAGAAGAUAUUACUCGAAUGAAUGAGCCAUCAACAUCUCGCACUGCGAAACCAGCAUCAGCUCCCAGCACACUCCAGCGAGGCACUAACAGCAACAGGGCGGUAAAGACAGAGGUUAUCCGUGGGGAAGGUGAUACCUCAGAGCUGUCGGUUACCAAGGGAACUGGACGAUUGCAGCAAGAUAAAUCCUCCGCAACAGCUUCAGCCAUCACGGCUAGUAACCAGUACUACGGGACAACCAGUGACGAGGACUUUGAGUUUAAACAAAUGCUCUGGUUUCUUCUUGCUCAAAUCUCCUGCGACCACCAAGCGAAUUUAAGUGAGCUAGUUCAAUUCAGAUUCGUGGAAAUCUGGCUGUCGUAUGCAACUGCGAACAACAACCAACAAGAUUUGAGGGUGUCUUCCCAGUCUUCUUCUCACAAAUACUCAGCACCACAACUUCAGUUGUUACAAUGGACGGCACUCAGUGUACUUAACCACGUAUCUCCGUUCGUAGUUGAGCAUUUCUUCGAGAUUGGUGGACAUGCCAAGCUUCUCGAUUUUCUUCAAGUUAACAUGGGUACUGAGGACGUGUUGGCGUCUGCAUGGCUGUUACUGCUGCAAGUAUCGCCCUCCCUCCCGUUCCUCCAAGCUGAAAUGGGUAAACUUGGAGUUAUCGAGACUGCGUUGGACAUUUUUGAGACUCCUCCGUCGCGUCAUACGUUCGUAAUACGUCGGAACGCCAUCCUCACGUGUGCGAGUUUGUGUCGCAACGAUGGAGCAAAUCGCGAGCGUUUCCGGCGUGCCAAUGGCAUCUACGCACUCGUCCAGUAUCUUGAGUUUCAUCCAGUUCUUGAGGAGAAUAUCCUCAUUGGAAUUCUAGACGCAGUACGUUCCUGUAUUGUCGGCGAUGUCGAGAGCGAGACAGCGUUUAUAAACGACGACGGAGUGCCCAAGUUGCUCUCGAUCAUAGCAGCCGCUCCUAAGGCACUGAAGCAUCAGGCUUUGGCAGCACUUGCUGAGAUUUCUGUCCACCCAGCAGCGAUCCCGUCUUACCAAACGUGGCGCUGUGAUCAAGUCGGCGAGAACUACAAUACAAGCGCGAAUGAACUGCUACUUCACAUCUACGCAGAGGAAGAAGCGGCCGAAAAGAAAACAGAUCAGGUUAUGAAGGACAAUGACUUAGUAGCUUCACAGUCCACGACCAGCUUGGCCUCAUCCAAUGUCCGUCACUGCGCCUUCCAGUCGAUCGCACACUGCAGAAGUUCCUUAUAUAUCCCACCAGAGACCAACAUUUCACGUGAAGACUUGUUGCCACCAAGUAGACCCGAGUCUCCAGCUUUUGCACGACUGAAAGACGCUCUCAAAGCAGCACAGGGAUUCUCUCAAGACAAGCAGACGUCUCGCUCCGUUUUGAACUUGGAAAGACACCACAUCCACCCUGAAGUGAACCUGAAGUCUAAAAUCUACGCCGUCCUGGCCAAUGUGUCUUUCGAUUGCGAGACUGAGAGCCUCUCUCCGCAAGAUCAGGUGAUGCUGGAGGUCGCCAAGGAGUAUCCGACGUUCAAACUGGGAGAAAUGUGGCAAAAUGUGGAGCGUACACUUUAUGCUGAAGGUGUGCGUCCAAUUUAUGCAGAUGCUCUGUGUAUCCGAAAGAACAUCGAGCACGCGUACGACAUCUCCGUGUGCACUAAACUGGCCCAGCAGGAAGUGUUCGCACGCUCUCGUCGGACGAAUACCGAGCGUGAGGACGAGUUUUUCAUGCAAAUUUUGUGUCAGAAACACCAGGAAGCUCAAGCCGAACGCUUCCACCGUGCUAAUCGCCGACAGAACUCCACAAUGCAGCUCCAUUUGGACGCUAAAAGGACUCGGUUAGAGCUCAUGCGUCGACAGGACCCAGCUGCGUUUGCAGCGUAUGAGAGUGAGGAGCGCUGUCGGAUCCGUGACCCUGCCCCUGAGUACGUGGACGAACAAGAGGGACUGCGAACACUGCAGCAACAUGAAGCAGAGCUGCGUGGUCGCCUCAGCACUAUCAAGAAGCCUCGGAAGCACACCAUUUAG